CAAAUUCUUGAUUCCAAUUUUACUUCUAUAAAUUACGAGGGAUCCUAAUGCAAAGGGACAUCAAUAUACACUAACUUAAUAACAGAAUACACACAUUAUAAUUCACAACGCAAAAAUAAAAUGAGUUCCUCUGCUCAAAUGCAAAAGCCAGUGGUUGGUGGCUGGUUUCCUGUUGAUCCACACAGCGAAAAGAUUCAAGAGCUUGCUAAAUGGGCUGUCGAUGAAGAAAACAAAAAACCCAGUGUGUAUAAGCUAGCGUACAAAAAAGCAUUUUAUGCGGAAGAACAAAUUGUUUCUGGUAGGAACUAUCGGAUUGAUUUCGAGGCAUAUAUUAAUAUAUUCCCAGGACCAGCAGCAAAAACAGAAAAAGUUGGAAAGUUUCAAGCAAUUAUUUACGAGGAUUUGAAGGGCAACUUAGAGCUUACUAAAUUUAGCCCUCUUUUGCAAGCCAAUGAGAAGAUUGCUGUUGCUAAUUAAUAAAAAUAUGUUGCAAGUUACUAUAUUUGGAAGUUACUACUAUGUACUUGAAUAAAUGAUUUCAUGAUGCAUGUAUCUUAUGAUAUUGAAAAUACUUCACACGUGAGAUAUGAUCCCAUAUUAAUAAAAUAGUGGGUUGUUGACUUGUAUAUAUAGUGGGUGAGCUGAUCUUCCUACUACCAUAUGGUUUUGGGAAACAAUAAACCUCACCAAGUGUAUGUACAAGUCAACGCUCACCAAGUUACUACUAUGUACUUGAAUAAAUGAUUUCAUGAUGCAUGUAUCUUAUGAUACAUGGGAUGAAGUUAAAUCCUACUAAUAUAUUAACAACUUAUUGUGUAUUACUAUUA